UGCCGACCCACCUGCGCCUCGUCCACAUCCCGCUCGCCCGCCAAGAGGCCCUGAUGAGCCGCCUCCUCGAGUGCAUGUGGUUCCGCCGCGAGAACGAUCCCUUCUUUGCCCUGUGCCGCAACGAGGUCGAGCUGUCGCUCUUUGCCGACGCGGCGAGCGUGCGAGGCUGCUUUGGCGACUUCAUGGGCCCGGCGGCGAGCUCGCGCAAGAAGGACCACGGUCCGGCGACGGUCAAGGGUAAGGAGCGCGCGAGGGACGACGGCGACGACGUCCUCGUCGGCGACGAGCUGUGGGUCGCGCUCGAGAUCGCGUUCGGCGGCAACGGCUGGGAGGAAGCCGCACCUCGCUUGCACGCACUCACCUCGCCCCUCGCCGCCGCCUCGGUCUCGAUCCUGUUCGUCUCGUCGUUCUACGCCGACUACGUCCUCGUCCGCGCGUCGGCCCUCGGCCUCGUCACCCACAUCCUCGAGAGCGAGGGUUUCGCGUUCGCCGAGGCCGACAAGGCCAUGGAGGACGAGCUCAAGGGCAUGCGCGUCCGCGAGGGCGAGGAGCGCGCGGCGGGCGGCGGCGGCGGCGGGCGGUCGAGCGGCACGUCGACGCGCAGGAUGAGCCGCUCGGACGGGACGGUGUACGACGAGGAGGACGAGGAGGAGGGCCUGAGCGACCUCGUCGGGAGCCUCGUCCUGAGCGAUGCGGGCAGCGCGGGCACGGCUGGUGGGCGCGGCCGCAGAGGGUCGAACGAGGGUGCGGGCGCGUCGCGCUCGUCGUCGUUCUCGCUGUCGCGGUCCAACUCGCUCCACCUGUCGUCGACGACGACGCUCCCGGGAGCGACGUCGCCCAGCCUGCGCUCGCCCGCACCCUCGACGACCAUGGCCCCGCCGCUGUCGCUCCUCCCCGACGAGCUCGUGUGCGUCGGCCUGUCGCCCGCUCACGAGACGCAGUGGCGCGCCAAGGUCGUCGAGGCCCUCUUCUUCGCCGACCGCGUCCUGCCCCGCCCUCCUCCCGGCUCCUCGCCGACCUCGCCGACGUCCCCCUCCCGCCCUCUCUCCUUCGCCUCCUUCUCGCCCGCCUCUGCCACCCUCCCUCUCUCCCGCCAAGCCUCCCUCAACCGCCACCGGCAGCGCUCGCACUCGAGCGCGCGCACCUCCCCUCCCGACGACCUCCCCGCCCCGCUCGAGUCGGCCACGCCCCGGGCUCGCCCCUCGCCGCCCUCGCGCACGGUGUCAACCUCGCUCCCGACGCCCCUCGCGCCGCACCCAGUCCCGUUCGUCGCCCUGACGCAGACGCCCGACGGCACGUCGCUCACGGCCGACGUGCGCCUCUUGCGGCGGCUGUUCCCGCCCGGGUGCGAGUCAGCAGGCGACGAGAUGGUGUUUGCGACGGGCGAGGCUGGGCUCGGGGGCAAGUGGGAGGGCGAGGACGGGCUGAGAGGGUGGGAGGGCGAGUGGGAGGCGAUGAGGCUCGCGCAGGAGGAGGAGGACGACGAUGAGGAUGAGGAAGGGGAAGGGGAAGAGGGGGCCGAGCUCCCGGUGAGCUCGUCCGAGGAGGAGCAGGGCAGCAGCACGGCGGACGAGAGCGAGGACGAGCAGGACGGCGACGAGUGGGAGGCCGUCUCGCCCUCGGUCGAUUCGGCGACGCUGCCGAGCGCGGACGAGGACGACGACGACGACGACGACGAUGGCGAUCCGGGUUUGGCGACGACGGCGCACACGGCGAGCGACCGCACCCUCCUCAAGUGCCUCCAGCUCGACCUCAUGAGCCUCGGACUCGACAAGCCCGGCCUCGUCGAGCACUACGCGCAGCUCCUCAUCGACGGCGGCGUGCGCUCGCUCCUGUACCAGUCGACGUACGGCUCGGCCAACAUCCUCGUCGCCAAGCGCGACGUUGGGCGCGCGAGGAGGCUGCUCCUGCGCGGGUGAGCCUCGCCGCUCUCCUUCCUCUCUUCGUCGGUCAAGCGGCCGUGCUGUCAUUGCAAUGGCGUUGCGUCUCGAGCGCGCGCAUGGUC